AAAACCCUUCUGGGUUCCCUGGGUGGGCGGUAGCUUUGUUGAAAGCUCUCUCACAGGCCUUAUAUCUCUGAAACGGGUAAUCUCCAAAUGUCUGUUGAGCGUGAAGCCUGUGACAUGUAAGCUAAAGAAAGAGGACGUUUCUUGAUUGCUGCUCUGAUGCCAGGAGGACCUGGUGCCAAGCUUUAGCUGUUGCAUCCAACACAGUGGAAUGUGGAUUUCGACUCUGCUGCAUUUUCCUAAGAAGAAUUCACCCCAGCCUCACCAGAAGUAGAGGCAUUUCAGCUCUGCCUAUACUAUUAAGACUACAAUCUCCACAGAAAGGAAGUUUUGCUGUUCCAUUGUCAUCAGUGAAUAAUUGUGGUAUCUCUUUGCUCUGAAAAACUGGAAAAUAGAAAUGAAGAUAAAUACAAUGAAGUUGUUGAUGUGGCUGUUGAUGUUCUUUUCUGGUACUGUGCCAUUCAGCUAUGAGAAAUCAAUGAGAGACCGAGCUAUCAAACUGAUGCAAGAUGCACGUUUAAUCGAUGGCCACAAUGACUUUGUACUGCGGCUAAGAAUAUUUUACAAAAAUAGACUCAGUGGAGUCAACUUAAGAGAACUCAACAACACCCACACAAACCUUGCAAAACUUCAGGCUGGUUAUGUGGGAGCUCAGUUUUGGUCAGUGUAUGUUCUUUGCAGCGCUCAGAACAAGGAUGCUGUGCGUCUGACCUUAGAGCAAAUUGAUGUUGUCAAGAGGAUGUGUAGCAGCUAUGAAGAGCUUGAACUUGUGACAACUUCCCAAGGCAUCUCUGACAGUAGAAGGAUCGCGUGUUUGAUUGGAAUAGAAGGUGGUCACUCCAUUGAUGCUAGUUUGGCAACACUGAGGAUGUAUUAUGACCUGGGUGUUCGUUACAUGACUUUAACACAUUCCUGCAAUACACCUUGGUCUGAAUCAUCUUCCAAAGGAAUACACAACUUUUAUCCUACUGUUACUGGUCUGACUGCAUUUGGCCAAGAAGUGGUAAAGGAGAUGAAUCGCCUGGGUAUGCUGAUAGAUUUAUCUCAUACUUCACAUUCCACAGCAAAAGCUGCACUGAAUAUCUCAAAAGCACCAGUAAUUUUCAGCCAUUCCUCAGCAUUUUCUAUUUGUAAUCACUCAAGAAAUGUUCCUGAUGAUAUCCUCCAGCAACUGAAAAAGAACAAGGGAAUUAUCAUGGUGACCUUCAAUGCAGAUGUACUGGCCUGUGGCAGAAAAGUUGUUAAUAUUUCUACCCUUGCAGAUCAUUUUGACCACAUAAAGAAAAUUGCAGGUUCAGAAUCGAUAGGAAUUGGUGGUGACUAUGAUGGAGUGGAACGUUUCCCUGAGGGAUUGGAAGAUGUUUCUAAAUACCCUUCUCUGAUUGAGGAACUUCUUAGCAGAGGAUGGAAUGAAACUGAACUGAAAGGGGUCUUAAGGGAGAACUUUCUCCGUGUCUUCAGAGAAGUGGAAAAUGUGCGGAACCUUAACAGGCUGAUGGACGCAGGUGAAAAUGAACUUCCACAAGAAGUAGUACAAAAUUCCUGUCGCCUAGACCUGCGUAAUCAUCAGCUUCAGACAGCCAGGUCCUUUGGAUUUCCUUCUGUGGCACAACCUUUUAGUCUGACACUUGUAAUUGUAUCAUAUUUAAUACUGUAUUAUGAAUCAUAAGACCUUUGGAGUCUAGAGAGAGAGAGAGAGAUGGAGUAAUCUGUAAUGCAACUACUUAUCUUUUUUGGAUUUUGUUAAUGUAAAGCUAUGCUAAAUUUUUUUAUAUAACUUCUGCAAGUUCACCUGCAUACUUGGGAGUUAACAUAGAUUUUAAAUGUUGUAGCAAAAGCAUUUAGAAUUUGAAGUGAUAAAUUCCGUGUCAUCUUGGCUAAACCAGGACAAACAUUGUUAAUGCAAAGUAUUCACAUCUCAUGAACAAAUUCUCUAAUACAUGACACAUGGUUUUGGUACCCAUAUUGUGGCACUUGGUAUAAAUACUGGAGUCCAGAACCAGCAGUUCCACUAAGGAACUAGAGAAUAUGAUUAAGACAGCUGUGCUGAGAUGUUUUCAGCUAUUACUUCUUGUUAAAUCAUACAACUUUCACCAUCAGUUGAUCGCUUAGUUAGAUAGUCAGAGAAGACCACCACCCUGGUAUAUGUAGAAGAGUGCUGUGGUUUUUGCUUGGUUUUUGUUUUGGUUUGUUUUUUUUAAGAAAAGAUGGAUGACCUGCCUAUUUCAAUUCUGAUUUCAUGCCUACUGCUAGCUUUAGGGAUCCAUCCUGCAGUACAAAACUCUUAUUUUUGAACCCUGACCAGGACAGUGGGAAACUGGAGAGUUACUGAAGGGUGGGGGUAGGUGUCUUGCAUUCAGGUACAGGUGACCAGGCAAUGUUGUAGAUAUUUUUCUAUAAUUUGGGGACUGCUGUUUGCUGCAUGCUCAUGAAGCUCGGUGCAAGAAUAAGCAGGAAUUCUGCCUACUGAGAGGGUGAGAUCUUGUCCUGGUAUUUUUAUUGUAGUCUGAACAGUAGAAAAUGAGUGUUUAAAUGAAAAUGUUGUAAGAAUGCUCUACAGCUUUGUGGAAAUCUUUUUCACAUUUAAACAAUGAUCCUUAUCAAUAAUGAGUUUUGUUAUUUUUAUUCUAGCUGGCUAAAAU